CCUCGGCAUCAAUACUUGAUGCAGAGGCCUUCGUAAUCCCAUCUGAUCCGAGAUCUCCUUCUGGGGGUGGCGUCUAAUGUAGUAUUCUGCAUCAACAUCAUCUCACUCUCCAUCCUUCUCUCUCCCUUCGUCUGAUCUGGAUACCUUUUCUUUGACUCCAUCCCCAUUUACUGUGCUGCAAUGGGGUUAUUUACCAUAAUCAUGGGUACCGCUUGGUUACAUUUGUAUCUCAAGAACAGAAAGCUAUCCAAGCAGAAAGAGAGAUUAUUUCGUCAAAAUGGCGGGUUAAUUCUGCUUCAACAACUUUCUGAACAGAAAAAUUACAAUGAAGCAGUCAAGAUCUUCAAUGCAGAAGAGCUAAGAAAGGCUACUUUCAACUAUGAUGACAGCACAAUCAUUGGCAAAGGAGGUUUUGGAACAGUUUACAGAGGAAUUUUACCAGACAAUAGGAUUGUUGCCAUCAAGAAGUCCAAGGUUGCAAGUCAAGACCAGAUUGAGCAAUUUAUCAAUGAAUUGCUUGUGCUUUCCCAGAUCAAUCAUAGAAAUGUGAUCAGACUCUUGGGCUGUUGUUUAGAGACAGAAGUUCCUCUACUUGUCUAUGAAUUUGCUUCCAAUGGCGCUCUCUAUGACCAUAUACAUGAAAAGGGAAAGGCCUGCAAUUUGCUCUGGGAAACUCGUCUAAACAUCGCAGCAGAAACUGCUGGUGCACUAUCAUAUUUGCAUUCUGAAGCUUCAUUACCAAUCAUUCAUAGAGAUGUCAAGUCUGCAAAUAUACUUCUUGAUAACUACACUCCAAAAGUUUCGGACUUUGGAGCAUCAAAAUUGGCUCCAAUGGACCAAACCGAGUUUGUAACAGUGGUGCAAGGAACAAUUGGAUACUUAGAUCCUGAAUACUUGCAUACCAAUCAAUUGACUGAGAAGAGCGAUGUGUACAGCUUUGGAGUUGUUCUUGUGGAGUUGUUGACGGGACAGAAGGCUCUCUCAUACGAUAGAAGUGAGAAGGAAAGAAGCCUGUCUAUGUAUUUCUUCAAUGCCUUGAAAGAUGGAAGGUUAUUUGAUGUGGUUGAGAGUCAUAUAGUGAAUGAAGGAAACAGAGAGCAAAUCAAGGAAAUGGCAGAGCUUGCAAAAGGGUGCUUGAAUUUGAGAGGGGAUGAUAGGCCUACUAUGAAAGAAGUAGCAAUGGGAUUGGAGAGAAUAAGAAAAAGAGACGAAAAGCAUAGGUGGGGUAGUAAUGCAAAUUUGAUCGAUUUGGACAAGAUUGAACACUUGUUUGGUGAUGAGAUGCCUAAUGCUUACGGCAAACAAAGUGAUCAAACUCAAAGUACUAUAAGUUUCCCCAUUCCGUCGGACUUCAGUGGGAGGUGAAUUUGAUCCUCACAUUAUACAAUUUUUCUUUCUUCUUUUAAAAUUUUCCCAUCUUUUUGGCCCAAGUUGAAGAGAUUAAUUAUUAUCCCCUAUACUGUACACUUUGAUGCUCUCAGUUUUCUCUGUGUUCAUGUUUUAUAAUACAU